CCACCAGUUUAGGAAGAUAUACAAAGGAUAUUUGUCAGAUACGUUCUCUCUAUUAUUAAUAUAAAUAAAUAAAAGAAGCUGAUAAUACUCCCACUUCCAGAUUCUUAUGUCGGCAAAUGUGAAAUCUCACCGGCAAAACUGCUAAUCUAAAGCCUUUUCACCUUCAUUUUCCAGAACAAUAUAUUUAAUUUUGUGCUGUUCGGGCGGUUAUUUUAUCUAGACAUGCAAGAUAUACAUCCGAUCGGAGGUGGAGGAGGCCGGUUUUAUGGCGGGGGUGGUGAUAGGAGGCUAAGGCCAAACAAUCAUCAAAACCAUCAAGCUUUGAAGUGUCCUCGUUGCGGUUCUCUCAAUACAAAAUUCUGCUACUAUAACAAUUACAAUCUUUCUCAGCCGCGCCAUUUCUGUAAGAGUUGCCGGAGGUACUGGACUAAAGGUGGUGUCCUGCGUAACGUACCUGUUGGUGGUGGAUGCCGGAAGAGCAAGCGUGCCAAGCUCAAAUCUAGUUCUAUCAACGCUGUUGCUGAAGUUGCAGAGGCUCAGGAGGAGCAGAAGUCUGAUACGAAUUCCAGCAGUGAGAGUUCUAGCCUUACUGCUACUACAACGGCGGCCACUGCAGCAGCUGCGGUAGCAGAAGUGACGGCCACGGGGAAUACUUCCGGUGGUGCAACGACGGAGGAUGUGUCUGCAACUUCUUCCAACUCGGCUUCAACUUAUCUCAACUUUCCGGAUUCAUCGAACUUCUUCAUACCUCACAGUACUACUGAUAACCACCAUACCUUCGAUGAUCAGCCAUUGACGGAGAACUUCUCGAGCAUGAUGACGUCAUCAAACGAUCCAUCUAUGGUAGGGUUUAACAUUGCUGAAAUUCCUGCGUACCGGUUGCCGGAGAAUCAAUCCUCGAUGAUCGAAACUUUGCCGUCCGGUGAUCUGAAGAUGGAACAGACGGGUACGGGUUACUUGAAUCAAACGGAUCGGGUUGAGUUCCCCGGGUUACAGCAGAACAGGAUAGACAACAGUGAACUCGCUUCACUAGAUUGGCAAACUGGUGGUGGUGGCGAUCAUGGUCUGUAUGAUUUAACAGGGACCGUUGAUCAAUCUUACUGGAAUCAAACGCAGUGGGGUGAAAAUGAUAACUCCCUUAAUUUUCUCCCUUAAUCUUAUCUCUCUUCUAACCAAAAAAAAAAAAAAAAACAUCAAAAAUAAACGAAGUUGGAAAAUGGAGAAAGAGAGGAAAACAAAAAAAUGGAGAACAAGGAAAAAUGUUCAUAUUAUUUCUGAUAACUGUGUUGGUAUGUAUAUUCGUUUUUUUUAAUAUUUUAAAGUUGGGUUUCAGUUUGAUUUGGCUGGAGUUAGGGUUUGUAAUUUGUAAUUUCCAUCAUGCAAAUGUAACUGACCUCUCCACGCUAAUUACUUUCCUUUUUUUUUUUUUGGGUUUUAACUUUCCCGGCCGGGGGGUAUAUUUAGAUAUUACUAUUAUUAUUUCAAAUGUAUCUUAAUUCAUGUGAAAGUCAAGUUAAUCGGAAUUAUAGAGAACAAUUUUAUCUA